GGUUGUAGUACGGCCAUUCGAGGCCGACAGCAAAGCUGACUGCUCACCCACCGAGCGAUCACCAGUGCCUCCACUCAAUACGCAGCGACACUGCAAUAACACGAGCUCACGGAAUCUAACAAGCCAAUUGAUCCUGUGCAGCCCAACUCCAAGCCGGUGAAUCGAUGGAGAACCGCGGUGGCGCGCCGUCGCCGCACCUGCUGUUCGUCACCAGCCCAAUGCAGGGCCACAUCAACCCGGUCCGCCGCCUCGCCGCCCGCGUCGCGGCAGCUGGCGCCGCGGCCACCGUCUCCACCGCCGUCUCCGGCCACCGCCGCAUGUUCCCCUCGCUCGCGUCGCCCGGCGAGGAGGCCGUCGAUGCCGCGGGCGUGCUGCACGCCCCCUUCUCCGACGGCUACGACGAGGGGGUCGAUCCACGGGUGCACGACAUGCGCUCCUUCGCCGCGCGCGCCCGCGCCGUCGGGUGCGAGACGCUCGCCGGCGUCGUCGCCCGCCUCGCCGAGCGCGGCCGCCCCGUCACGUGCGUCGUGUACACCUUCUUCGUGGGUUGGGUUCCCGAGGUCGCGCGCGCCAGCGGCAUCCCCUCGGCCCUCUUCUGGAUCCAGCCGGCCGCCGUGUUCGCGGUGUACUACCACUACUUCCACGGCCACGAGGCCGUGCUCGCUUCCUGCGCCAACGACCCUGACCGCGACGCCGUCGUCCAGCUGCCGGGGCUGCCGCCGCUCAAGUCCCGCGCGCUCCCGUCCGUCGUGGCGUUAACCUCGCCGGAGCAGCGGGGCUACGAGGUGGUUGGCACGCUGCGCGACCUCUUCCUGGCGCUCGAUGACGAUGAGCACAGGCCCAAGGUGCUGGUCAACACGCUCGAUGCGCUGGAGCCCGACGCGCUCCGUGCGGUGCCGGGGUUUGAGCUCGUCGCCGUUGGGCCUGUGGUGCCAGAUGGCUCGUCCCCGUCCACCACGGACCUGUCCCUGCGCGACGACCACGACGACGACGUGAAUGGGUACAUGGAGUGGUUGGACACGAAUGCCGCGCGCUCUGUGGUGUACGUCUCGUUCGGGACCAUAUUCGCGGCGAGCAAGCGGCAGGAGCUGGAGACGUUGCAAGGACUGAAGGCCGCCGGCCGGCCGUACCUAUGGGUGUCGCGCAAGGUCGCAGAGGUCGAUGGUGCAGAGUUGAACGGCACGGAAGCGGGCCGCGGCGCCGACGGAGGACAAGGGAUCAUGGUGGAGUGGUGCGACCAGGUGCGCGUGCUGUCCCACCCGGCAGUGGGAUGCUUCGUGACGCACUGCGGGUGGAACUCGGCGCUGGAGAGCAUCGCGUGCGGCGUGCCUGUCGUGGCCGUGCCGCAGAAGUUCGACCAGCCGACGGUGGCGUGGCUGGUGGAGGAGUGCGCGGGCGUCGGGGUGCGCGCACAGGCGGACGGCGAGGGAGUGGCGGAGCGAGGCGAGCUCCAAAGGUGCGUGGAGACGGUCAUGGGCGGCGGCGAAACAGCAGUGGAGAUCCGACCAUGCGCGGCAAAAUGGAUGGAGCGGGCCAGGGAGGCGCUCGCCGGCGGCGGGACGCUGGAGAGGAAUCUCCGAGCGUUCCUGUCUGGUUUCUGAAGAACCAACAUACGCGUGAUUCUUUGUUUCACACAAAGAUUUGCCGCUGGAUCUCUUAAUAAAAUUCGAAAUGGAGUUGGCUGUUUCUUAGCUGCAGAAGUUAACCAUUGAAUUUUGCAGUCCUGCCGGAGUUUUCGGAUGUGCUUUUCUAUCCUUCUAUCGAUGAAUGAUAUGUAUGCUUUGCGUAUUUAUGAAAAUAAAAACAUCAUGUCAAAGUGAGAGUUGCCUCA